AUGGCUGUUCCGGGCACCCAGAUCUCUAAGCGCAGAAAGUUCGUCGCCGACGGCGUCUUCUAUGCCGAACUCAACGAGUUCUUCCAGCGCGAGCUGGCCGAGGAGGGCUAUUCCGGCGUCGAAGUCCGCGUUACACCGACCGUCACCGACAUCAUCAUCCGCGCCACCCACACCCAGGAGGUUCUCGGCGAGCAGGGCCGCCGCAUCCGCGAGCUCACCAGCCUCAUCCAGAAGCGCUUCAAGUUCCCCGAGAACUCCGUCUCCCUCUACGCCGCCAAGGUCCAGAACCGCGGUCUCUCGGCUGUCGCUCAGUGCGAGUCACUCCGCUACAAGCUCCUCAACGGUCUCGCCGUUCGCCGCGCCUGCUAUGGUGUCCUCCGGUUCAUCAUGGAGAGCGGUGCCAAGGGCUGCGAGGUGGUCGUUUCCGGAAAGCUGCGCGCCGCCCGCGCCAAGAGCAUGAAGUUCACCGACGGCUUCAUGAUCCACUCUGGCCAGCCGGCCAAGGACUUUAUCGACAGCGCCACCCGCCACGUACUGCUGCGCCAGGGUGUGCUGGGUAUCAAGGUCAAGAUCAUGCGCGGCAGCGACCCCGAGGGCAAGGCCGGCCCGCAAAAGUCACUCCCGGAUGCCGUCACCAUCAUCGAGCCCAAGGAGGAGACCCCCGUCGUACAGCCCAUGAGCCAGGACUACGGCGCUAAGGCCGCUGCUGCCCAGGCUGCCGCCGAGGCGGCUCGCCAGGAGGAGCAGGCCGCAGAGGAAGAAGCCGCCCCCGCUGAGCAAUAG